AUGGAGAAGAAGGAGGUGAGGGCAGCCCUGGAGAGUCACUUUUCCCGGGAGCGGGAGAGCCCCGGGGUACUCACUCCUGAUGGCCCACCUCAGGAAGUCCACCUGGAGCCCAUCUCGUCUCAGAGCAUCAGGGUCACCUGGAAGGCUCCCAAGAAACAUUUGCAAAAUGGGAUCAUCCGAGGCUACCAAAUCGGUUACCGCGAGUACAGCACGGGGGGCAACUUCCAGUUCAACAUCAUCAGCAUCGACACCACCGGGGACAGCGAGAUCUACACCCUGGACAACCUCAACAAGUUCACCCAGUACGGCCUGGUGGUGCAGGCGUGUAACCGGGCCGGCACGGGGCCUUCUUCUCAGGAAAUCAUCACCACCACCCUCGAGGAUGUGCCCAGUUACCCCCCUGAAAAUGUCCAAGCCAUAGCAACAUCACCGGAAAGCAUAUCAAUAUCCUGGUCCACACUUUCCAAGGAAGCUCUGAACGGAAUCCUCCAGGGCUUCAGAGUCAUUUACUGGGCCAACCUCAUGGACGGAGAGCUGGGCGAGAUCAAGAACGUCACCACCACGCAGCCUGCGCUGGAGCUGGACGGGCUAGAGAAAUACACCAACUACAGCAUCCAGGUGCUGGCCUUCACCCGCGCCGGCGACGGCGUCAGGAGCGAGCAGAUCUUCACCCGCACCAAGGAGGAUGUUCCAGGUCCUCCCGCGGGCGUCAAGGCAGCGGCAGCCUCGGCCUCCAUGGUCUUUGUGUCCUGGCUGCCCCCGCUCAAGUUGAACGGCAUCAUCCGGAAGUACACCGUGUUCUGCUCGCACCCCUACCCCACAGUGAUCAGCGAGUUCGAAGCCUCUCCCGACUCAUUUUCCUACAGAAUCCCGAACCUGAGCCGGAACCGGCAGUACAGCGUCUGGGUGGUGGCCGUGACCUCAGCCGGCAGAGGCAACAGCAGUGAAAUCAUCACGGUAGAGCCGUUAGCGAAAGCUCCUGCGCGAAUCCUGACCUUCAGCGGCACGGUGACGACCCCGUGGAUGAAGGACAUCGCCUUGCCGUGCAAAGCUGUGGGGGACCCUGCGCCUGCGGUGAAGUGGAUGAAAGACAGUAACGGGACGCCCAGCCUGGUGACGAUUGAUGGGCGGAGGAGCGUGUUCAGCAACGGGAGCUUCGUCAUCCGCACAGUGAAGGCGGAGGAUUCCGGCUACUACAGCUGCAUCGCCAAUAACAACUGGGGCUCCGACGAGAUCAUUUUGAACUUACAAGUACAAGUGCCACCAGAUCAGCCUCGGCUUACAGUGUCCAAAACCACAUCUUCUUCCAUCACCCUCUCCUGGCUCCCUGGGGACAAUGGGGGCAGCUCGAUCAGAGGCUACAUAUUGCAAUACUCGGAGGAUAACAGUGAGCAGUGGGGAAGUUUUCCCAUCAGCCCAAGCGAACGUUCUUAUCGCCUGGAAAACCUGAAAUGCGGUACUUGGUACAAGUUCACACUCACCGCGCAAAAUGGAGUGGGCCCCGGGCGCAUAAGUGAAAUCAUAGAAGCGAAAACAUUAGGGAAAGAGCCCCAGUUCUCGAAGGAGCAAGAGCUCUUUGCCAGCAUCAACACCACACGCGUGAGGCUGAACCUCAUUGGCUGGAAUGACGGCGGCUGCCCCAUCACCUCCUUCACACUCGAGUACAGACCCUUUGGGACCACGGUCUGGACCACAGCUCAGCGGACCUCUCUCUCCAAGUCCUACAUUUUGUACGACCUGCAGGAAGCCACGUGGUAUGAGCUGCAGAUGAGGGUGUGCAACAGCGCAGGCUGUGCGGAGAAGCAGGCCAACUUCGCCACGCUCAACUACGACGGCAGUACAAUCCCUCCACUCAUUAAGUCCGUUGUCCAAAGCGAAGAAGGGCUGACGACCAACGCGGGGCUCAAGAUGCUGGUGACCAUCUCCUGCAUCCUGGUGGGGGUCCUGCUGCUGUUCGUGCUCCUGCUGGUGGUGCGGAGACGCAGGCGGGAGCAGAGGCUGAAGCGGCUGAGAGAUGCAAAGAGUUUAGCUGAAAUGCUCAUGAGCAAGAACACCCGGACCUCGGACACCCUGAGCAAGCAGCAGCAGACCCUGAGGAUGCACAUUGACAUACCCAGAGCCCAGCUUCUGAUUGAAGAGAGAGACACGAUGGAGACCAUCGAUGACCGCUCCACGGUGCUGCUGACAGAUGCUGACUUUGGGGAGGCCGCAAAGCAGAAGUCCCUGACGGUGACCCACACGGUCCAUUACCAAUCGGUGUCGCAGGCCACCGGGCCCCUAGUGGAUGUGUCAGAUGCUCGGCCAGGAACGAAUCCCACCACCAGGAGGAACGCCAAGGCUGGGCCCACAGCGAGAAACCGGUACGCCAGCCAGUGGACCCUCAACAGACCCCACCCCACCAUUUCAACACACACCCUCACCACCGACUGGAGGCUGCCCACGCCCAGGGCCGCAGGAUCGAUGGACAAGGAGAGUGACAGUUACAGCGUCAGCCCCUCACAGGACACAGAUCGAGCUCGGAGCAGCAUGGUCUCCACUGAAAGUGCCUCCUCCACCUACGAAGAGCUGGCCCGGGCCUACGAGCACGCCAAGAUGGAGGAGCAGCUGAGGCACGCCAAGUUCACCAUCACCGAGUGCUUCAUCUCGGACACAUCAUCCGAACAGUUGACGGCAGGGACAAAUGAGUACACAGACAGUCUGACCUCCAGCACCCCUUCAGAGUCGGGGAUCUGCAGGUUCACUGCGUCUCCCCCCAAACCUCAGGAUGGAGGGCGAGUGAUGAACAUGGCGGUUCCGAAGGCACAUCGGCCAGGUGACCUCAUCCACUUGCCUCCAUACCUUCGAAUGGACUUCUUGUUGAACCGAAGUGGCCCGGGCACCAGCAGGGACCUGAGCUUAGGGCAGGCGUGCUUGGAGCCGCAGAAAAGUCGGACCCUGAAGCGCCCCACGGUCCUGGAGCCCAUCCCCAUGGAGGCGCCCUCGGCCACGUCCUCCACCCGAGAGGGACAGCAGUGGCCGCAGGGGGCCGUGGCCGCAUUACCUCAGCGCGAAGGGGCCGAGCUGGGCCAGGCAGCUAAAAUGAGCAGCUCCCAGGAAUCGCUGCUCGACUCCCGGGGCCACUUGAAAGGCAGCAAUCCGUACGCCAAGUCGUACACCCUGGUAUAACAGACAGCAUGGCGGGACCGCGGUUGUAAAUACGGUUUAAAAAAACUCAAUCAAAGCUACCUUUUUUUUACGGAAUUCCAAUAUUUAUAAUUAAAGAAAAUUGCCAAAAUAUAUUAAAAAAAA